AAGCCUGAUCGAUACGCGCACACGCGAAUAGUAAGUGACCGGGCUUGCGAAGUACGGGACUUAGCAAUGCCAGAACUAGUUCAUUGUGCACCCAGUCAUGACAAGGGUCACACUUGGACAAGCACUGCUUUGGAACCAUCAACAUCAACGUGUAUCGCAGGUGAUAAUUAGCAGGUGAACAUAUUAGCAGGUGCAAACCACGUAUCAUCUAACCAAUUCACCUCGGUGUACAAGAGGAGUUCCUAUCUCUUGACCUCAGCACAAUUUCCCAAAAACUUUGAUUAUACAUAUCGAAACGAACUAUUCAAAUUUUUGUUAUCAGUGUAAGGUUAGCCAAUCAACGAGCAUUUCAGUGAUACACGUGUGUAAUUCAUUCAAGAAUUUCAUUCCAGAACUUAGAUGUUAUCGAUUUUCUCACCAGCAUUAGGUCUACUGCCCCAGUUAUUAUCACAACACACAACAUAACCUAUAAGUAUCUUUGUGAGAGACUACUGUGUGGAAACUACGUAAGGUUCUGUAAUUGUGAACGUUAUCACAUUAUUUUAGAAGAGAGUUUUUCUCAAAACUUCAAAAUUAUUCAAUUGAAUAUAUUGCGACAAACAAACUGGGAAAAUCACAUGGAAUUCGAAUGACUCUUACUUGACAACAAUCACGUUAGCGAUUCUUUGAUAAAAAAAUUUAACUAGAAAUUAAUAUCUGAAACACCAUUUUCCCAAGCAAUAUGAGCGAAUAAUUUGAUCUUUCUUAAAAUAAUAUAUUUUCAACCUAAAUCGUUUAUGAAACACAAUAUAAUAUUAUUGAUAAUUUCCUUGAAAUAUUGUAGAAGAAUCUCGUCUGUGAAUAUAAACAAUUUUGUUUCGGACUCUCGAACUUCGCCGUUAUCAAAGUCAGAGACGUUCUAGUGCUAUCGAAGACAUUUCCACUAAUCAUGAAGAAAAACAAAGGUGUGAGACGCGACCACGUAAAGGAGGCAUGCAGAAGACUGGGGCUCGUCCUCAAAUCAUCUAGAAAACUUGGUGUGAAGGAGGCGGAUCUUGGAAGCUUGCCAGCUGUGGCGAAACUGUGCGCCGAGCCAAGAAGGGGCGCUUGGACGCUGACGAUAGUCGGACUCCUCGUGUUCACCGUCUUCUUCAUCGCUCUCUGCACCGACCUCCCUUCCUCCUUCAGCUGUCCUGGCAAUUCAUCCUCAGCUGCCACAGGGAUGAUCCACACAGUUCGCAAGAUCCAAGUCGACGUGGCCGAGAAGACCGUGGAGUCAAGAAGAGAAGAGCCCUUCAUGACGUCACAAUUCCAGCUGCGCAGGGAUCGGUAACCAGUUGAAUCCAAAAAAGUCACAGUUCCAUGGAGUGGGCUAUGCCAUUAUCUGCAACUGUCAUCGAACGACAUUUAUUAUCGUCAAACCUAACUGAUAACGUAUUUUGGUUGGGUGAUUUCUGGCAGUAGAAUCAGAAAAGAGUUGUAGGAGUUUUUUUCGGGAAUUUGAUUAUACAGGAGGUUUGCUCGUGGGUUUUCCCGUGCUGUAUAGAACUUUUUGAUAAAUUAAGCCAAUUGAACACAUUAUCAUCGACCCAAUAGUUUAUAACUAAUAAUAGGUAUCAUAUACAUCUCGGGAAUCUGUGAUGUUCCAUGAGAAACAUAGAUACAGUUUAUUACAAAUCCUGAUCAUAAAAUAUAUUAUUUCAAUCCAUCUAGUCUGAUUAGAUAGCUUCAGUGCGUAGAUCUACUCGUGAAUCAAUGGAACAAUUCCUUACAUCCGACCGAAUUGAAUUAUUAUCACUCAGCUCUCUCAACUCACCGUUUUGUAUUGUAAUUUUGAUAAAUGGUCUUCUGGGAGAUCUGAAUUCUUGUUAAGGGACAUUUACGAGCGUCUACGGUUUGCUCAUUUCGUGCAAAGCCGACUAUGUAGAGCGACGGUGGAAAGGGGUGAGGGAGACUGAGGUCCUAGGGCAAGGGUCGGUCUCAGUUUGCUCAGUGAAUACUCAAAUCUUUGCAUUUUGUUACUCUCACAACCGAGAGAAAUUCAAUGAGAGAAACUCUUUUGACAGAUCCUUUUCUCUUGGAAUACAUUUCUGGGCAACUACAGACAUCCAUCAUCCAAAUUACAGUUCUCUGAAUGCAAUCCACGAGCAGAGUCUGGCGUAAUCCAUCUUUAAUAGAUUAAUACUGAACUCGCAUUAGAUUUGCAGAAUGAUCGUCAACCAUCUAAUAGAUUAUUCAAUGACAUUUCGGUAGUGGAAAAAUGUUUUCGAUGAUCAUUAUUUUGCAAAUCGAAACUUUGGUGAAAUCUAUUCUAUAUAAUAUAGUCUAAUAUGUAGUAUUCUUCAAUAAUUAUAAUUUUCAUUCCAAGAAUUCGAAUCAUUGAAACUAUUGCGAUCCCCCAAUUUUUUUCGAAAAAUUUUUCAUUCAUUUCCUAAUAGGAAACCAUUUCCAUAUUCGUCAAUUACUUCCAAAUACGAUUUUCCACGCGUUUCAUCUAUUGUUUCAACCAAUAAUAUUAUUUUCACCAGGUUUUAGCAGGGCAGUUACUGCCCUGUCAAUAAUAAUCUUCGUUUAGCUUGAUCCAAAACAAAGCUCAGUUUGGACAGAGUUUCAGUUUGAUGCGUAUUAUACACUGUUGUUGAAAAAUGACACUCAUUUUAUAAAAGUCAAUACUGUCGAGAGUCAAGAGGAACAAUGAACAGUUUCAAUUGUGAGGGCUUUUUUUAAAUAAAACUUUUUUCACACCUCAGAAACUGCUCAUAACCAAUAUAAUUCCUUUAUAUAGUCCUAAAGUAUCAUCUGUGAAACACAAUAUUAUGUUAACUCUAAUAAAUAUAUGACCGAUCUAAUAUGACCUUCAAAGCACAACAUUCAUUGUUUUCAAAAAGUGCAGUGUUCAUAUUUCAGUUGCUAUCGCACAAUUUUAUGAAGUCAUCAUAAAUUACGGAUGAAAUUGCCUUUUUCGGGAAAAAUUGAAAUAAUUAUUCUAUCAUUCGAUUACAUUUACAAGAUAAGUCCGUUUUUACGAUUCGAUUCAUGGAAAAAUGAAAUCCAAUUCCAGCUACUAUAAAUUAUACCUAAAGAGAUGUUUGUUAUCAUGUUUGAUAUCAUGAAUUUGUCACCAUAGCGUUACAGUAAUCAUUAAUAGUAUAUAGUAUUUAUCAUUCAUUAAUGAAUUAAUAUCAGUAUGAGUAUCAGUAGUAUUACUGAUUACAUGUAUACUAAAUAUGAAAUAUUGCAAAUAUAUAUUAUUUGCAAUAUUCAAUGUUUUAAAAAAAAUGUUAUACUUAAUUUUACCAGUACGUACGGUAAUGAGACUCAUGUUGUACUAGUAGAUGCCAAAUUAACAACAGAAUUAAAGCAAUAUUGACAAAAAUUCAAGCAAUAUAAUCGUUAUCAAUAUGUAUAGCGCCUGUAUUUCUGUGACUAGUUUAAUAAGAAAGAAGGGGAUGAACUUCACACUAUUAAGUUGACAAUGCUAUAAGUAGUUUACUCCUUUUAGUAAUCAUAAGUGAAAUUCUAUUCUUUCAAGUAUAGUAAUUCCUAUCACGUAUUUCUUUUCUAUACCACUAUUUAUUAACAUUCAAUUUAUAAAAUAACUCUGUAGUGAAAACCUACUCACUUUUUGUAGUGAUGACAGUUUUGACUUGGUGUCUGUCAUCAUAAGACACUAGAUAUCAGAGACAUGAUGAUGACAGACACCAGGACAAACAUACAAAAAGUAUGUACGAGUAAUUUCAUUGAUUUUUUAUAGAUUAGCAUAGAAACAUGGAAAUCUGUUUCACCACUACAGUAGUGGAGCUCUUUCAAUAUGUGAUUUGAAAGAAUGGUUAGUACAACGUGAAACUCCAAAGUAUUUUCAUCAUAUUAUGGUUCACGUUGAAAUAAAGGUUAAUCAAUUUAUUCACACUACACCUGAAAAUAUGAAUGUAUCAUUUUUCUACUAGUCUAGGCUUCUAGGUUUGGAAGUAUGUGAAACUGAAAAAGCUCCGUAUCAUCAGACUCGGAGAAUAAGCUCUGUUCAGAAACAUUCGAUAAAUACAGUAUAUUUUAAUUGUCAUACAGUUUUAGAAUAGAAUGUCACUUAUUUUUUGGAAUCUAUCUCCUCUUUGCAAAAGUAUCGAUGAUAAAACUAAUAAAUUCUCUAGCAUUUCUGCUACCAAAAAGCUAAAUUAUCAAGAACAUAAUCAAUUUGUAAUAUUAUUGUGCUGUUAUCUGUAAUAAUCAUUGUGAAUGUUGAUAAAUUAAUGAUUCAAAUACAAUCAGUGUAUUUUCAUA